UUAAGGGAUGAGGAUCAAUCUCAAAAGGCAGACCUUGUCCUGAAUAUCCAAAACAAAACAAAACAAAACAAAACAAAAGAAGCGGAAAGUAAAAAGAAAUAUGGGCGGAAAUACAUAUCGUCUCUCGAUUGUUGAAUUCGACGAACUUCCAUCCCCGGCUCAUUUCUUCUCUCAUAUUGAAUCUAAAAGCAUUCCUGCGGUAUUUCAUAGUUGCGUUAAACAUUGGAAAUGUUUUUCCAAAUGGAACCCUUGUAAAGGUGGUCUCGACUAUUUACAGGAAAGAGCAGGGUCGUCUAUUGUGGAGGCUAUGUUGUCGACAACAGCACCUGUGUUUUACGGUGAUCUUAGAAGUCAUGAGCGGGUUCCGCUGCUGUUCUCUGUUUUCAUUUCAACUUGUAGAAAGCUAACAAGUUCUGAUAAUGGUUCUGGAGUGUCUGUUGAGCAAGAAGUUGUUGGAGUGACAGAGCCUACCUUAGAAGAAGAAACUUGUUUGCCUUCUACCAGUUCUCUUCAUCAAGUCUACUUAGCGCAGGUGCCAAUUGUAAAUUUGGAGAAUAAGGAGAAGUCUCAGUUGGAAAUUCUACGAGAAGACAUUCAAAUGCCAAACUUCUAAAGGCAAAAACAUUAACUUCUGUCAACUUGUGGAUGAACAAUGCAAAAUCAAGGUCUAGUACACAUUAUGAUCCAGACCAUAACCUACUAUGUGUGGUUGCUGGAUGCAAACAAGUUGUUCUGUAGCCGCCUUCUGCGGUUUCAUCAUUAUUUAUAUCCAAUGCCUAAAUACAGUGGGGCCUCAAAUCACAGAAAAGCCAGACUUGUCAACUCAUUCAAGAUUGCAGAACUCUAUGAUGUACUCCCAAAAAGUUACUCUGCAAGCGGGCGAUGCACUUUUCAUUCCUGAAGGCUGGUUGCACCAAGUGGAUAGUGACGAGGUCACUAUAGCUGUUAACAUCUGGUGGCGAUCUAGUAUUAUGACUAGUUUACCGGAACACAUGGAUGCAUGUUAUCUACGCAAUAUCUUAAGAAGGUCUUUGUUUUCCUUAAGUUAAUCAUCUUUUUUAUCACCUUCUGUUUUUGCUUGUUAGUAGUCUGUACUUGGAAGAUGGAACUUCCAUGAAUUGUUGCUUAACUGAUGACUGACUUCCCUUGUUUAUUUUCCAUUUUUCGAAUUGUUUUCCACAUCAAUAAUUCGUACAAAGAUACCAACAUGGAAAUGGUAAGCAGUAUCUUGCUUGUCCUGCAUUUACAUUUGGCUUUUCUCUAUGCAUGAUAUCGAAUUUUAGUACAGACGGCUUUGCUUUACUACAAACUCGAUGUGUUAAUAAUAUACAUGACAUAAAUUGCUCUUCCCACCAUUUGAGUCAUGAUAAAAUGUGGUUAGCCAUCACGUGCGACCAAAAUAUAUCGAUUUUUCCUUCCCUCAUUUAUCAACGACAUUUUACUAUGAGUAAUGUUUAUUGGAAUGACUGUAGAACAGGUUCAAAUGUGAUAUCAAACUUCAAUUAGUAUUGAGAAUUCCGGACAGGAGGAUUCUUCCAGGUUGACAAUGGACAAGGUCAGCGUGAGCGCGAUCUAGAAAAGAACUCUUACAGUGAGCAGUCGCAGGGACCAUAAAAAAUAAGAGGAUAACGAUACAGCAAAUGGACACAGUUUUUCCGCAAGCUCUUCAUCAACUUGUUUCUUUAGUUCAUGAUGGAGUGAACAUUGCUAGUCAAAGUGAACAACUGCAAUCAACACCAAUGGAAGAUGAAUGCAAGAAGGAUGUUCAUCCUAAUUCAUUUUGCGCGGAAGAAGAUCCAGUUGCUAAGGUCAUUUCGACUCUGGAGCCACUUCAACUUCAAAAUGUCUUGCUUGGCAUGGUGGUAGGUUUGACACUAAUACUGGUCCCAUCAAUUUCAAAUUUUCAUGAGCACUGGUCAUUCUAGCAUCUGGUGUUAUGUUUAUAGCCAGAUUCAAUCUGUUUGUAUGUCUACAACAGUGUAUCUAAUAGCUGUGGACACAAGAAAAAGCAGAUACACAGUGCAUGUUGGGAACACAAGUAGUGAAGCUAAAGCAAAAUUAUAUUUUGUCUGUAUUUUGGGUAUAUACCUUUGCGCUCGUAUUGUCUAUUUAGCACAGGUUCGGUUGUUUUUGAUUCUUCAUAAGACUGGGCACUCAAGUGAUUCAAAGUGCAGAUUGUGGUAUGAAAUGCAAACUAGUGUUGAGAGUUGACCCUUAUCUUCAUUCUUCUCUUCUAUUCCGAGAGGUUUGCGUUUCACUUCGAAUAAUUAUCAAUGUAUAUGCUAAACAUGGAAAGUUUCUAAUAAGUUAACCACUCAAAGAACUUUUUGUGCGAACUAAGUGCUUUACGAAAAUGUUUAGCUGAGGUUGACGGGCGAGUGUGUUAAUAAUCUUGCUGACUUGAAUAUCAACUGCCCUUCACUCCCUUAUCCCUGGGGAUUGGCAACUAAUAAGUUCUUUUCUUUUUUUCUCUUCCAGCAUAAUUUUCCAAGAAUGUUGGAGGCUCUAAUACUGCAAAUGCUUUCACCAGCGUCAGCAGAAGUACUGACGAGGAAGUUUGAUGAACUAGAUCAAUUGACGAGUCAAGAAACCGGGAUGAAUUCUACCUGGCUGUUUAUGGUGUUUUUGAUGAUCAUUUGCACUCCAGGCGUUCAAGAAUGUACUGGAUAAAUAUUUGGGAGUAAAUUUUGAUGGACAAAAAUUGUAAGUUGGGUGAGAUAUCUUAUCUAUCUGAAGUGGACUACACUACUUAGAUUUGUUUCUCACUUGUUUUAAAUUAUUUAGGAUGCAGAACAGUGUUAGGAAUCAAACGUCUUGUCUUUGUCUGUAGUGGUACCUGCAAUUUUAUCAAUCAGUUUUGUGAAAGCAUAAUCAUUUUCUGACUGAACGUAUCAAUAUAUUCUCCUUCCAUUCUCUGA